GGGGACCUGCGGGGCGGAAAACCUGGAAGAGCAGCGGCGCGGCAGUGUCAGCAUCCUCGCAACCGGCACCUGUCUUCUGUCCCCACCAGGGUUAGUUUUUGUCCUUGCCGUCAUCCUCUCAGGCCCAGAGCACUAUGGCAUACCACAAAGAGUUCGAGACUGCAGGGAAGAAGCCCGGCCUGCAGGUGUGGCGGGUUGAGAAAAUGGAUUUGAAAUCUGUCCCGACUGAACUCCAUGGAGACUUCUUCACCGGGGACGCGUACAUAGUACUCUACACCACCGCUCCUCCAUCUUACAACAUUCACGCCUGGAUUGGCGACGAAGCUUCCCAGGAUGAGAGGGGGAGUGUUGCCAUCCUAAUGACCCAGCUGGAUGAUUUCCUGCAUGGUGCCCCAAAACAGUUCAUCGAGUUUCAAAACCAAGAGUCACUCGUCUUUCUGAGCUACUUCAAGUCUGGCAUCAAAUACAAGAAAGGUGGAAUAGCCUCAGGCUUCCAGCAUGUGGUGACCAAUGACGUAAAUGUGAAGCGCCUGCUGCAUGUUAAAGGUCGUCGGAUCAUCAAAGCCACAGAGGUGGACAUUUCCUGGGCAAACUUCAACAAAGGAGACUGCUUCAUCAUUGACUUGGGAAAGGAUAUCUACCACUGGUCUGGCUCCGAAAGCAAUCGCUAUGAGCGCCUGAAAACCACUGAGCUGGCCAUUGAUAUCCGCGACAACGAGCGAAAAGGCCGUGCUCAAGUACACAUGAUUGAAGAAGGCUCUGAGCCAGAAGAUGUCAUUAAAGUGCUUGGACCCAUGCCCAAAAUCCCACCUGGAAGCUCAGAUGAUGUAUCUGCAGAUAAGCAGAACAAAAACCAGGCAUCUCUCUAUUUGAUUUCUGAUGCCGCUGGCUCCAUGAAGACAACUAUGGUGGCUGAAAAAAACCCAUUCAAACAAGACAUGCUCUCCAACAAUGACUGCUACAUCUUGGACAGUGGGGACAAUACGAUAUUUGUCUGGAAAGGAGGGAAUGCAAAUCCAGAAGAACGCAAAGCGGCACUGACUGCUGCAACCAAGUUCAUCAAAGACAAGAAUUACCCCCAAAAAACUCAGGUCCAGGUGAUGCCAGCAGGGGCUGAGACCACCCUGUUUAAGCAGUUCUUCUUCAACUGGCUGGACAAGGAUGAGACUACAGGCCCAAGUAAGCCCUACACCAUCGGUCGCAUUGCCUACGUGGAGCCGAUUCCCUUCGAUUCCUCCACACUUCACACCAACCAGAGAAUGGCUGCCCAGCACGGCAUGGUGGACAAUGGCUCUGGGAAAGUCAAGAUUUGGCGUGUGGAAGGAGGUGAUAAAGUACCUGUGGACCCAUCCAAAUAUGGACAGUUCUUUGGAGGUGACUGUUACCUUGUGCUGUACUCCUACAACAUGGGAGGUCAAGAGAGGCAUAUCAUAUACACCUGGCAAGGGCAGAAGUGCACUAAGGAUGAACUGACUGCUUCAGCCUUUCUCACUGUCACCCUGGACGAUUCCAUGGGUGGAGUAGCUACACAGGUUCGUGUCACUCAGGGCCAAGAACCUCCUCAUCUUGUGAGUCUGUUUAAGGACAAGCCUUUGGUCGUCCAACUGGGCGGGACGUCCCGCAAGUCUGGCCAGAGCAACCCUGCCAGCACACGACUCUUCCAUAUCCGCCAGAGCUCCACGAAAGCCACACGGGCUGUUGAGGUGGAGCCCACUGCCUCCUCUCUGAACACUAAUGAUGUGUUUGUGCUGAAGUCACCCAAUUCCCUGAUCCUGUGGCUGGGAAAGGGAGCAACUCCAGAGGAGAAGGCAGCAGCUCAGUAUGUUGCUGGCCUGCUUGGAGGAACUGCCACUGAGGUACAGGAGACCAAGGAGCCAGCUGCUUUCUGGGCAGCACUGGGUGGGAAGAAGGUCUACCAAACCUCCAAGAUCCUGCAGAAACCAGUCAGGCCUCCUCGACUGUUUGGCUGCUCAAACAAGACUGGCAGGCUGAUAGCAGAGGAGGUGCCAGGUGAGUUCACACAGAUGGAUCUGGCAAUCGAUGAUGUCAUGAUUCUGGACACCUGGGAUCAGAUCUUCGUUUGGGUCGGAAAGGAUGCCAAUGAGGCCGAGAAAACUGGAUCACCCAAGAUUGCCCAAGAGUAUAUGAAUUCUGACCCCUCCGGCCGUCGCGGUAUCCCCAUCACCAUCAUUAAGCAGGGGGAGGAGUUAUUCACUUUCACGGGCUGGUUCCAUGCCUGGGACCCCAAGAUGUGGGACAAAGAUCUUUUGAAAUGCAUACAAGAGCGUAUCAAAAAGCAUUAGUAGAAAAACACAAAGCAGUAGCUCUUUUGAAACAUCUGAAAAGAUUGAAUUCUUCCUUAAACUUGUAAGAUAUGGUGAUCUUGGAAUUUCAAAGUUCUGUGUGGGUGCAGGGCAGCUGGGGGAUAUAUUGAGCAUUAAAGAUUUGACAUCCUAUUUUGAAACACAGAUGUAGUUAGCAUCUCAUGGGUGUUAUUUAAAUAACAAACCAUAGUCUGAAAGAACAUUCACAUUGCGAUAUAGCAACACAGACAGGAUCUUAUAAUUCCACACUCACACAAUCUAAAAUAUAGUGAAUCAAACCUUUGCUGGAAAGGUUUCUGGAAUUUCCUUGGCAGCUUUUUUUUCAUUCUUAUAUAUGCAUUACAACAAUAAUUGUCAAGUGUUUACGAUCGAGUGAAAAACCAUGAUGGACCAUUUCUCCCAAGUUCAGUAUGACCUUAAGGAAAUUUUGAAAAUGUACACGUUUCAUAAAUGAGCUACUGGAAGUGUUUGUGACAAAAACAAUGUCUAUUUUUACACAAAAUUUCGCUUUUUACAGCCUGGAUUGCCAAGACAAAUUUGGAUUGAGAAAUUCUGCA